AUGGACAUUCUCGAACCCGCUUGCGGGGUUCUCUCGACGCUAGCCGAGGCUAUACAAGACUGCCAACAAGACAGAAAUGUGAUUCCAGAGUGGAAAUCUGAGGACGGCUUCUGUUCCAGUUUAAAAGCAACGUUGGAAACCAUUAUCGACUGUUCACCAAUUGAUGGGAACUUCAUAUAUGAUCAAGAGCUCAACCUGUUAAUCCAGGCGCUCCUGGAGCCCAUCUCUUACUUCUACAACGUUCUAACGCCCCACUUACUCAGCCUGGAGACAGGGCCUGAUCCCCACGGUUCCAAGGAAGCUCUUACUCAGUUAAUGAAAACGGCGGUUAUUCCGCACGUUAAGACACUGAGAGAGCGAGUAUACAAAUACUUGGAUGGGGUCAACACGUUGCUCCUCUUAUACAUCAUCGAUGUGCUGUCCAGCGAGCCACUUGAAGUGAUUUCAGAACAACAGCUUGCCGAAUUACACAGCAUAAAACAGAGGGUCAAGGCUGGAGCCUUGCAGGAUUCUGAGCAUCAAACGAGACUCUUCUCAGCGGGGAAUUUGAGCAUUGCUGGACAGCAAAGGUGUCUCAUGUCAAUGCGACAUGAUGCCGAACAUCAUUGGCGAUCGGUGCAACUGACCAUUCAUGGAGUCUGGAGCAUUGCUGCGAGCGAGGGUGAUGGUAGUCUAUCUUCAUAUGAGAGUAGCUCUGCAGUCAGUGGUGGGAGGGCUGAAGGAAGCCCAAUCGGACACCAGCGCGACGCAGAUAGCCGUAUCGAGUUCUACCAGCCAACCCGUACUAUUAAUGCUGAGACCCCGGCUCAUCAGCACUUUCCUCCAACCCAGAGUCAGGGGUAUGGCCCAACGACUCCCACAUCUGGAGGCUCGGGGCGAAGCAUUGACAAUUCUGGCGCGAAUACUAGCCUCAAAAUGUCGUUAACGGGUAUGGUGCGCCCUGAAAUCAGGAGAGAACAAGUCGACUCAACCAACAAACGGGGAAGUCAGCCUCCGUGUCCUACGACGCAUCAAGCAGCACCAGCAUCAUCUGCUUGGGGUAAUUCAAUCGAGUUAGGAAAUAUAACUAAACCAACAAGCACCACGGCAGGACGUCAAAAUAUAUCGACUUCGCGAAGCGGACAAUACGAGACCCGGCAAGAAACAAGCAAUGGUGGAGAAGAUUAUCUUCAGCAUUCCAAGCAGCAAGUGCAGCCGUGGCUUGUGCCUGCUGAGGGUACGUAUGGCGCUCCUACUCAGCAACAGCCGAGCCCCAGUUCUCCACAGCAACACCACCAAUAUCUCAAUAACCUCCAGCCAGCGUAUCGUCGCGACAUCAAUGGUAAUGGCGCUGCCCAGCCAUUGUCCAUAAGUACAUCAGAUGAUAACCGCUCAAAAGCUGAUUACCUUGCGGCAGGCGCAGGUGGCGGGGCGAUACUUGGGGCUACUGCUAUUUCCAUGGCUGACUCAAGCGAAGAUGAGAGUGUUUCUAAUGAGUAUGUUGACGACGCGAUAACCGAGGUCACUGCUACUUCUUUGCCAGACCCAAACGAAGAUGAAGAUUUCUCGAAUGGGUAUGACGCAGACGGGUGCUAUGGAAUUCAUAUAUCUGCUAUUCUCGAGGCUUUUUCGGUUGAAGAGCCGCUCCCCCCGUUUCAUUCUGUAUCUUACACAUGGGCUUCCAAUGGAGCUUCCCUCGCAAAGUCCUGGGCUGUUCAAAUAGAGAAACAAAUGCUCCCGGUUCUGGAUUCCCUACAAUCCUUCAUUCAGACCUUGGCAUCCAAGGAUAUGCUGCUCGACGGAAAAUGGUGGUGGAUUGAUUCAAUCUGCAUCAACCAAGACAAUCUGGAAGAGAGAGCGCAACAAGUGCAGCUCAUGCAGCACAUCUAUGUACGAGCUGAACAAGUCAUCAUCUGGCUGGGCGACGAGUCGAGUGAUAGCAACCUUGCCAUGGACUUCAUCAGGUUUCUGGAUAAAACUGCCCAACAAAGACUCAGUGUUGACAACCUGCGCACCAUGUUACAGACCGAACAGUAUUACCCUCAGUGGACAGCGCUGACGAACCUUCUCGCUCGAAGAUGGUGGUCUAGAAUCUGGACCGUUCAGGAAUUCGUUCUCCCUCGAAGUAUCUCCUUCUGGUGCGGCAUGCGGAACGUCAGCAGGGUCGCCGUCUGCCGCAGUAUAUCAAUUGCCGACAAAUGUACUUCGAUCGGCAUCAAGGAAACUCCUGGCUUCACGCACGGAAACAACCGGAGAAGAGUCUGGGGCUUAUACAAAGCUGGAAGGAAACCUGGAGCUACACUCAACCUGUCUAUUUUGGCAUUAGCCGCCUACUUCUCCUGCAUGAAUGCAACCGACGAUCGCGAUCGGAUCUAUGGUCUCAUGGCCCUCUCGAUCGAUGGGUCACUGCUCGACGUCAAUUACUUCCUCAGCAGCCAAGAGGUCUACUUGCGUUUCACGCAGGCUUUUAUCGCACGCCACAAGUCAUUGGAUAUCAUAUGUUUCACUUCGCUGUUCAACGCGCCUGGAAGCACUUUGCGACCAUCCUGGGUACCUCACUGGCAGAAAACAAAUCCCCUGGUGAUUCCCCUAAUGGUGAGCCAGAGUUGUAUGACGCAUAUCGGAAACCUCCGGACUCCUAAAGCCCUCGCAUUUGACCCCUCCAUUUGUUAUUCGGCUUCCAAGAACAGAGCAGCUGAGUACAAAUUUGAAGGCUCGGCACUAUUCGCUCGCGGGGUCAUCGUUGAUACUGUCGAUGGAUUGGCCGGAUCCAGGAAUUUCGACUUGGUCCAAAGCUCUGAAGGGAACGCCAUGGAACCGCCAAGCUUUCCUGGCUCUACAUUCUACAGCUCAUCAACGGAAAUUCUUAUGGGCGUGUGCAGAAGUCUGGCACUGGACCGGAAAGACCGAUAUUUACGGUACGCUAUGCCUACUGCAGAGUUCUUUCGAGACUUUGUCGGCCUAUUAUCAGCGCUGGUGCUGGUACCAGAACAGGACUCUGCCACCGAAACUCCCAAGGAGCUUCAGAUAUGGUUUGACUGCACAAGAUCUCUUCAAAUUCACAGACACAACUUUGAGAGCAUCCUGCGCGACAGCAGCCACCAAGCUGACAUCGAACCCCCUGGCCCAGAGGGACAUAGUACUCCAAAUCAAGACGAAUACUAUCACGACACAUUUUUCGGUCGAUUCUUCGAUACAGUUGUAAGACUGUCGCUCCGUCUGAUGGUGAGUCGCAACGGACAUAUCGGCAUGGUAUCGGAGAGAGCAAUGAAGGGAGAUCUAAUCUGCGUGCUAUUUGGUUGCAGCGUUCCUGUUCUGUUGCGAAAGUCUGAGCAAGACAACUGUGUCACUUUCGUAGGAGAGUGCUUUCUCGACGGGUGUAUGGACGGGUCAGCUUUGGAGCGUCCUGAGCUUAUAGAACGAACGUUCCGUAUCCGGUGA